AUGAACUGCAACUAUGACACUCAGCACCUGAAGAAGCUGCAGGACCGGUAUGAGCUUGGCGAGCAGUUUGAAUACUUCAAGCGCUACAUCCAGGUCUCGCGCCAGGACAUUGACAGGCAGAGGAUGACCAAGCUGGACCAGUACUUCCUGCCCAACACCGCCAAGACUGUCGACCUUGGAAAGAAGAACAUGAACGAGCAGUGCCCGGAGCCUCUGGUCGUACCUGUCCCCAAGUCCCCCGCACCCGACACUGCGAACCUGACCGACUUUAUCUUUGGCGUUUCUACUACCUACCAGCGUUUCACCGACAGCGAGACCAGCCCCAUCGAUGACUGGACCUACUGGCUGACGGACAGCCAUGGCAGCACAAAUGGGGGCAAGCUUGUGCUCCUGUUGCUUGAUGCCACGGACGACGAGCUGUACGACGCGUGGGACCGGCUACACAAGGUCGGAAUUGAUGCCGACGUGUUCCACUCGGACAGCUCCCUGGAGAUGGCUGUCCGCUACCUGACGCUGGUGCCAACGCUGUUCAACCACCGCGAGCGGCCCAACAAGAAGUGGUUGGUCCUGUGCGACGACGACACCUUCUUCCCUUCCCCCAACGCCCUUGUCGAGGCCAUCUCCGCCUAUGACCCGACCAAGCCCCUGUACAUUGGCACCUUCUCCGAGAACGUCGCCCAGAUCGAGCGCCACGGAUCACAGGCAUAUGGUGGCGCUGGCGUCUUUAUCAGCAUGCCUGUGGGCCAGAUGGUCACGGAGCUCUACGAUCAGUGCAAGACGGCAGAGAAGCUUCAGGAGGCCGACACCGGCUACGGGCCCCAAGGCGACAUCCUGCUCCGCAAGUGCAUCUACGAGAACAGCGACGUCCGGUUGAGCCUCGAGAACGACCUCUGGCAACUUGACAUCUAUGAUGACCCGUCCGGUUUCUAUGAGAGCGGCAUCAAGCCCCUCUCGCUGCACCACUUCCACGGCGGUGCUUACCACAUUGCUUAUCCCUUCCAGUACACGAAGCUCGCCCAUAUCUGCGGUGAGGAUUGCUUCAUGCAGCGCUUCAUGACCCAGGACGAUUUCGUCCUGUCCACUGGCUACAGCAUUGCUCAGUACCCUGAGGGCGCCGACUACAACUGGGAUCAAUUCGAGAGGACAUUCAACCCUAAUGACGACAAGAACUGGCUCCUGGACCACGCAUUUGGGCCUCAGCGUGGAUCGCUCCUCAAGACCGGCGAGAAGAUCGCCUGGGAACUGAAGUCGGCCUCCCUGAACGAGGACAACACCGUGUCACAGGUGUACGUGCGCAAAGCCAAGGACGCACGGUGGGUUGAUGCCGAGGGCUGGCCAAUGAGCCAGGUUGACGGUGUCAUCGAGCUUGUGUGGCUGCCAUGA